AGCGCUAACAUUCAAACAGCUGAGGGAGACACAGGAGUAAAGGAAAAGUAGAGGAGAGAGUGAACUGAACAAAAAAGCAAGAUACAGCAGAGCAGAAAACAAACUUUACUUUGCAUUUUCAUAGUGCUUCCUUGCAGCUGCUUUUGAAGGACAUUUUUAUCUUUUAUUUUAAGUGUUGCAGAAGUUGGAAAAACAGCAGAUAUGAUGAGCAGUAGAGUCAUUGCCACUGUCAUGGUGCUGCUCCUCGCCUCCAUGGCCAUUGUUGAAGGAAUGAGCCUGACAAGUGUGGGAGUGGAGCUGCACUGCCGCUGCAUCAUGACAGAACGCAGACCCAUUGGCCGCCACAUUGAGAAGGUGGAAAUAAUUCCUGGAAGCUCUCACUGCGAAGAAACCGAAAUCAUUGCCACGCUGAAAAAGACAGGCAAAGAAGUCUGCCUGGACCCUGAAGCUCCCUGGGUGAAGAUAGUGAUCAACAGGAUCCUGUCCAACAGAAGACGCUGAGACGCACAUCUACUCCAAAUGAAGGGUACCCCAAAGUAUUUAUCCAAUGAUAAGGUCAUCACCUGAUUCACACCAUGGGACUGCUUAAUGUCCUCGUCCACUGGUCAAACGGACAACAGAAUCUUUACACUCGGCUCGUGUUUGCAUCAAACAUGCUAUUUAUUCAAGUCUGGCGCUUGUGUGUAUGUCACUUACUACGUGUUGCAGCAGCAAUGGCUGUUGGCUGCUUCUGAAGUCUGUUAGAAUGUUUAACUUCAUUUUGUUGUCUCUAAUUUAUGUAUUUGGCAUAUUUAUUGACGUAUUUAUUUGUUGCCGCAAUGGUUCAUUAAAGUGUAUUUGGAGUGGAAAUUUAA